AUGGUUUCAGAAUUUAAAGAGGCGUUCAGCCUGUUCGACAAAGAUAACGAUGGAACGAUAACAACCAAAGAGCUGGGGACAGUGAUGAGGUCACUCGGUCAAAACCCGACAGAAGCCGAGUUACAAGACAUGAUUAGCGAGGUUGACGCGGAUGGAAAUGGCACGAUAGACUUCCCAGAAUUCCUGACAAUGAUGGCACGGAAAAUGAAGGAUACUGACAGUGAAGAAGAAAUCCGUGAGGCAUUCAGUGUAUUUGAUAAAGAUGGAAAUGGCUUUAUCAGUGCAGCUGAAUUACGACACGUUAUGACAAAUCUAGGAGAAAAACUAACAGAUGAGGAAGUGGAUGAAAUGAUCCGAGAGGCUGACAUCGAUGGUGAUGGGCAAGUUAAUUACGAAGAAUUUGUACAGAUGAUGACGGUAUACGCUUUCAACUUGUUUGACCGGGACGGGAAUGGCGUCAUUACAGCAAACGAGUUAGGGGCAGUGAUGAAGUCACUUGGACAGAACGCAACAGAACAGGAACUUCUUAACAUGAUGGGCAAAAUGGACGUAGACGGCAACGGCACCAUUGAGUUCCACGAGUUUUUAACGAUGCUGUCAAGCAGGAGCGAGACUGACACAGAAGAUGAAAUUAAACAGGCUUUUGGAAUAUUUGAUCAGGAUGGAAAUGGAUACAUAAGUGCAGAGGAACUGCGACAGCUCAUGACAGGCUUCGGCGAGAAACUAACAGAGGAAGAGGUCGAAGAAAUGAUACAAGAAGCAGAUACGGACGGCGAUGGUCAAGUGAAUUAUGAUGGUGGGUUCUUAAAAAUGUCUAAACAUUAUUAUGAAGAGUACCAGGAGGCGUUCAGUCUGUUUGAUCGAGACAACGAUGGCAUUAUUUCCACAAAGGAACUGGGAACACUAAUGAGGACUCUUGGACACAAUCCAACGGACCAGGAGCUUGAUGAUAUGGUGAACGAGGUGGAUACGUCAGGUCAAGGGAAAAUAAAUUACACAGACUUCCUAAGGAUGAUGAAACCGACGGAAGACUGGAAAGAAGAAGCAGAGUUAAGGUGUGCAUUUGAGGUGUUCGACGUAGACGGUGAUGGCUACAUCAGCGCGUCAUCAUUACGUCACGUGAUGAAUAAACUGGGAGAGAAGCUUAGUGACGAGGAUGUUAAGUUUCUGAUGAAGGAAGCCGAUGUAAAUGGCGAUGGUCGUGUGGAUUUCAAAGAAUACCGGGAGGCUUUCGGUCUGAUAGAUAAGGAUGGGGAUGGAACCAUUUCUUCAAAAGAGCUAGGGACGGUUGUGAGAGCCUUGGGGCAGUCCCCGACUGAGAAGGAACUGACUGACAUGAUAAAAGUCAUUGAUGCUGAUGGCAAUGGGACGAUAGAUUUCCCAGAAUUCCUCACUAUGAUGGUAAACCGGAACCAGAACUCUUCCACCUAUGAGGACGAGAUGCGCCAGGCUUUCGCCGUGUUCGACAAGGAUGGUGAUGGUUUUAUCACCGGCGACGAACUUCGGCAGGUGAUGAAUAAUCUCGGUGAAACGCUGACGGAUGAAGAGGUGAAUGAAAUGAUUGGCGAAGCGGACAGAAACGGCGAUAAAAGGAUAGAUUACAAAGAAUUUGUGAAGAUGAUCCUGAAGACUCACUGACAAAUUCAUUUGAAUAAAAAUAUCACAAGACUAUAAAAGAGACAAAUCACUGAAUCGGGAGCCGAGAACUUGACAUCGUAAAAACAUUCCAUUUCAUUGCUACAAUAUUGAAUGUGAUGUAUAUUUUAUGUAUCUAUGUUCGAUGUACGUCCUGUAUUACUAAUCUAUGAGUACCACUAUCGUGUGGAUGUGUAGACUUACAACUGUGAGUAUUCCGUGACCUACUUUUUGAGUGUCUUUUUUCACGUAUAUACAUGUAAUAACGGUACACCUGUGUGUAUCCCAACCCAGAUGUUGUAAUUCAGUUCACGUUGACAGAGUUUAAAUUAUGGAAUCAGCAAAAUCCAAAUAUACGAUGCUUAAAAAAUCAAUAAUGAAUCAAAUAUUUAAGUGACAAGUAAUGUCAAUUUCGACAUGAGAACGAGGAUCGUGAUUGUCUGUUUACUUCACUUCAGUGGUUCUGCGGGGUUGUUUUGUGUAUUUAUCGAUAUAGCAGUGAAUUUGUAAUCAAUAAACACUUGCUCCCUAUACCAUUAUAUGUAAAAGCUGAUGUUUAGCUAAGUCACUUUCAAAUUCCAUUCUUUACUUUAUUUUAAUUGACCUGUUGUUUUGUGUCUAGCUAAAUGCAUCCCUGAGCGUUUGUAAUUUUUGGUGGCGCUGAAGAUUUUUUUUUUAUUUUACAUUUGUGUUUAUCUUUUCAAUUAAU